UAAUUGUCCGCUUCAAGAUCAUGGCUCAAAUCGUUGAAUGUGUUCCAAAUUUUUCCGAAGGACGAAAUAAAGAAGUGAUUGACGCCAUAGCGCAAGCGAUUGCCUCCGUAGAGGGUUGUUCUCUACUUGACGUGGACCCGGGCGUAUCUACCAACAGGACUGUAUACACAUUCGUCGGCUCGCCCGAAAGUGUCGUGGAAGGAGCUCUGAAUGGAGCGAGAAUGGCCAUGCAAUUGAUCGAUAUGACAAGACACCACGGAGAACACAAGAGAAUGGGUGCACUGGAUGUGUGUCCCUUUAUUCCUGUUCAAGGUGUAACUAUGGAAGACUGUGUUCAGUGUGCAAAAAUGUUUGGGGAGAGAGCAGCAAUGGAGCUUGGAAUACCAGUCUACCUGUAUGGCUAUGCAUCUGAUAAAGAAGACCGAAAAACUGUGCCACAGAUCAGGGCAGGAGAGUAUGAAGGUCUUGCUGAAAAGAUCCAAAAAUCGGAAUGGAAGCCGGACUAUGGUCCGGCAGAAUUCCUUCCUACAUGGGGAGCCACUAUAGCUGGGGCAAGGAAGUUCUUGAUUGCCUACAAUAUCAACAUUCUUGGAACAAAAGAACAAGCUCAUCGACUAGCAUUGAAUAUAAGAACACAAGGCAGAGGACCAGAUCAGCCUGGUCGGCUUUCUGAAUGCCAGGGUAUGGGGUGGUACCUGGAAGAAGCAAACCUAGCACAAGUGUCUUUAAACCUGCUGGAUUUUCACCAAACUGGCAUGCAUACAGCUUUUGAAGAGUGUGUAAAGGAUGCAAAGGAAUUAAAGCUCGCAGUUUGUGGAUCACAGAUAGUUGGUCUUGUUCCUUUGGAAGCAAUGUUAUUAGCUGCUGACUACUACAUUGAGAAGGAAGAUCUGUUUAUUGUGGGGGAAGAUCAAAAGAUCCGCUUGGUUAUAGAGAGGUUAGGAUUGAGCUCACUCACUCCAUUUGAUCCUAAGACAAGAAUUAUUGAAUACCUAGUUGAUAGUGCCGAGGAUGGUCCCCUUGUGUCCAUGCCUUUCCGACAGUUUAUCUAUAGUCUAGGUUCCAGAUCGUCGGCUCCUGGAGGGGGAUCUGCUUCUGCUGCCAUAGGGGCCAUGGGGGUUGCUCUUGCUGCCAUGGUUGGUUGGCUUACGUACGGGAACAAGAAGUUCGAAGCACUCGAUUCACAGAUGAGAAAACUUAUUCCACCUCUGAGACAAGCUAUGUUGGAUUUUAUUCCAAUGGUUGAUGCAGACACUAACGCGUUCAGUGGAUUCAUGGAAGCCAAGAAACUUCCUAAAACUACACCCGAGGAACAAGAGAUGACUAAUAGAUUCAAUACAGAAUUGACCGUUUUGUUUUUCACUUUACAGGUUGGCGCGCGUAGUCUGGAGACGGCCGUGUGGGGCGCUUUUUACAACGUGAAGAUCAACCUUCCAGACAUAACUGACGAGGCGUAUAAAAAACAGGUUCUUGACGAAGUGGAGUCAUCUUUGGAAACAGCGCAAGAGAAAUGCAGAGAAAUCCUAAAAAUACUGGAGGAAAGGAAUUAGAAACGCACGCCGACGUUGCGCCUUUUAAACGGAUGGAGAAAUGAAUGUAGAUAGAAGAGUGUUCACUUAACGAUACUAACAGGGCUACUGACCGAGAAUGAGUGAUGGUGAGGGGCCCAUCUUCCUUAAAACAAUUCCUUAAUCAACAAUUCUCUUCCUAGUCGGUCCAAUUCACGCGCGAUUGCUACAGGUCAGGAAAUGGUCAGGAAAAAAUUAUUCAGUGUCAGGGAAAUGUCAGGGAAUUUUAGUAGAUCUGACAUUUUGUGUUUAUUUCUUGUAUUUAUUUGGUCAGGAAAAUUUGAUUUUUAUCAGGGAAAAGUCAGGAAAAAGUCAGGGAAUUUUAAAAAGUGAGGCCUAUGACAACCAUGUCACGUUUGGUAAUGUAUAUCGUAAUACUAAUUGUUUAGGGUGAAACAGCGAUUUUACGAACUAAGUUAAGUGUUAAGUUUAUAUUGGUUGGCUCGCUAGCGAAGGUGGUUGGGUGGACUCAGAUUCCCUUAAAGCUUAAUGCCUUCAUCUUGAAGAAAACAUUAGAAGAAUGAUUGCUCUAGUUGGUGUGAUUUUCCAUAAUUAUGCUCCGCCAUUUCUCUGGAAGUUGCUGAUGCCAUAAAGUUUUAAAGUGUGUGAAAAGAAACCAUAGUAAUUUCAAUCACCGCUUGUUUUUUAAGAUGGUCGAGUGUCAGUGCGAUGUAACAGGGUAGUUUGUAACACAAUGCCUAUCUUCCGUAAGGUACGCUCUUGUGUAACCUUAUGUGUUUUGUCAAAUGGGUGUGAAUCCAUCGCGGGCCAACGCACGUGGGUUGGAAGGUUGUUGGGCGUGGUUUACAUGAGUGCUCCUAACGUAAAUAGGGUACUGGAUUUUAAUUUAUUGCCGGAGACAAUGUCAAAUGUUCUUUCGCUGUAUAUUUAAUGAGAGGAUAAAAUCUGCGAGAGACUAGUAGCAGUUAAACUAAAUAUCGAGUUUUAAAGUUUUCAGGGUUUUAUUACGGUUAAGAAAACUAAAUAAAUAUGACUGUUAUUUUA